AUGUUAACUUUACUGGCUGACGAGGAGGUGAAAUCACAAAUAGACGGGACGGUGCGGGAUGCUUGUUGUCUCUUUCAUUCCGGUUUCUCUUGCAGAAACAGGAAGGUGGUUGACUACUCGCAGUUCCAGGAAUCUGACGAUGCAGAUGAGGAGUACGAGAGAGGUUCUGCACCUCCAAGCAAGAAAAUGCGCGCCUCUCCCCGUGAAGUGAAACACAAGAAAAGGCCUGGGAAGAACUCUCAAGAAGACAGUGAUGACUCAGAUGACAAAGUAACAAAGUCCAAAAAAGAAGAGUCUGCGGAUGAUUUCGGCAGCGAGGAAGACAAUGAUUUUGGGGAGGAAGAGGAGGGAGCCGACAGCGACUAUGACAGCUCGAAAAAAGGGAAAAAGGGAAAGAAACCCAAACCUGAGAAGUCGCCCAAACAGAUGCCGAAAUCCCGGAAAAGGGCAGCAGAGGACAGCGAUGACGAGAAGGAAGUGAACACGAAGGUGCGGCAGCAGCGCCAGGCAGCCUCGAAAGCCGUCUCAAAACAGAGGGAGAUGCUGCUGGAUGACGGAGGCAGCGAGGAGGAGGAAGAGAAGGAGGACGAGGAGGUGCUCUUCGAAGAUAAGGAGUCAGGCAGCGAUGAAGACUUCAUGGUUGAUGAUGACGAUGACAGCGAUUACGGCCGCUCCCGGAAGAAGAGUAAGAAAGUGAUCAGGAGGACCAGGCCCGAGAGGAAGGAAAAGAAGUCUCCCAAGCCCCGGCUAAAGGCUACUGUGACUCCCAGCCCCAUGAAAGGCAAGGGGAAGGGGCGGCCCAGCGCAGCCAAGGCGCAGGAGAAGUUCUCCCCCAAAGAUGAAGAGGAGGAUGAGGAAGAGCCAGAGAGCCCCCAGGAGGAGGAGGAAGACGAGGCGCCAGAGAAGAAACGCACUCCUCCCCCAAAGAAGACGGCCAAACCUGAGGAAGAGGAGGAAGAGGAGGAUGAAGUGUCAGAAGAGGAGGCCCCAUCUGGGGAGGAUUGAGUGAUGUUUGACACCAGUUGGGGGGGUUGGGGGGGGGUGGUUAUGUGUAGAAGUAGAGAGGUUUUUUUGUUUUUUGUUUUUUUCCCAAAACGGUCAGUUUGGCUCAAGGGGUUAGACAGUUUUGGGGUUUUUUUUCCCUACUUUAACAGACCUUAGCAAUGUUGUUGCCUAAGUUGGUACCCUGCUACCAGUAGUGGCUAGCUAGUUCACGGGUUUAAUUGCUUGACUCGGCCUCUUGUAUUUUUUGUUUGUUUCUGGCCUGAUAUCCUUGGCGUCACUGCUUUGCAUGUUGGGAACCCACUUACCUGGUGUAGAGUUGUGUUCGCUAAGGAAGAUCCCCAGGAAUACCGUACAGCUGCAUCCCAACUAUGACUAAGGCCAGCUCUGUUGGACAGCAUAGCAUUGUCAGUGAUAGUGGUACGCUUGUUGCCUGUAUGUUGUGCCCCCCUCCCCCUCCCUUUGUAGUUCCAUAUGUUGCUGUUUGUUUUCCAUGCCAACUUGUGUAACCUGCUCAGUAUAUCCUCUUUAUAAAGCUGUCACUUUUAUAACACUAUCUUCAUCAUGUUAACGGUAAUGUUUCCUGUCUACAUCGAUUCCCGAUCAAGCUGCACAAGAAAACUCAGGUUACCAAGAAAAAACGAAAAACAAAGCUUUAAUGAAUCCACAACAAAAAAGGAUACUAUUCAGUUAUCGGUAAAUCUUCAAAUUAAAGCUUCAAAUUAAAGUAGCUGAACAAUCGCAACAAUUUUUGUCCUUUUAAUGUCGGUUCCUGUGUUGGAAUUGGAGUUUAUGUAGUGCCUGUACUUUAUUCAGCGUUCCAUGUUUGGGGGGGGGAGUCAUUUAGGCUCACUGCAGGCGCCCUGUGUGGCGCUUCCUAUCUGACUGCUGGGUCUUACACCAUUAAUCAGCCGACCUGCUAAGACAUAAGCUGGUUCUGUUAAAUCCCUUGUGCAGAGUUUUCUUCUUCAGAGAAAGUCCAAAAUUGAUUUGUUUUUCUUUAAAUACUUUCUGUUUUUUUUUUUGUUUUGUUUUUUUUAAAUAAAUAAAAUAUCUUGAUUUUAAACAAAAAUGAUCAUAUCUAUCUCUUUUACUCAAAUGUUAAAAAGGAAAGAGUACCAAUGUGAAGUUCUGCUUUCUGCCGGAAAGUAUUGACGCAGCAUUUGUUAUUUGGAAGCCUAUGUUUAAUUUUCUUGCAGUGUAGUUUGUAAAUGGUGUCAAAGCCUUUCCCCUUCAGGUUACAUUGGCUAAAGCAAUGUUAAUUUUGCUCUACUUUGUACAAGCAAACACUUAUCCAUUAAAUAAAUCUUAUUUUUUUUCUUCCUUUACGGUAAUAUUGGGCACUAAAAAGUUAACGUUGAAACAUAGGCUGCUUGGAACAGCUCCGAGUGCUCUUAGUCGAGGUGUGCUCUUUGUGAUAAAGACGUUAAUCAGGAUUGUAAGUUUGUUUCUGGUCCACUUGAGUGUGUGUGUGUGUUGUAAAAGCACCCUGCUUUUGAAGAGUUACAGGCCAGCGGGUGCCUGUGGCUGGAAUCUUGUUUGUGUGCAGCUAAUGCUGUUCAAUAAUACCGAUGUACAAUACAGUUUGUCUGUUCUGAACAGUUUAUUGGAAGGGAAUGGGGGAACUAAACGGUGUAAAACCAUUUGGUUAUUUUAGACUGCGUUUUGAAGGUACAGUCCCUCUGCUUCUAAAUGAAUGUGAAUCAUAGUACCCCAACGCCAGACGUGUCUCUGUAUUCAAAAUGAUGUUGAACUGAACGUAGCUUUAAACUUUAGGGGGAUUGCUCCUCUUAUCCUGUGCUAUUUGCACAGAAUGAAUGUGAAUCAAUUGCAUUAAUUUCCAGAUUCGGUGUAUUUGUAAAGACCCAUAUUUAUACCACAGAUUAAAGUGUUAAUUCAUGACAUGACUAUUUUAUUUUUUUUUAUCCCUAUUGCAUCUAUUUGGUAAAGGUUUUCGUGGUGUUAGCCAUGUGCAUUAUCUACAGUUGAGCUGAAAUAUCAACUAGUAAUGAGAAAUAAUCAAUAAAAUAUUUCAGCAACAAUGUCUGAACUUUGGCACAUCACUGUACUUGUGUAUUGCUGUCAAACAAUCUUGGACAGCUAGUGAAAAUGAAAACAACAUAACUUUUUAAAUUGACUUUUUUUUUUUUGACCUGUAACUCCUGUACUGAAGUAGGGAGUGGCUCAAUUUAUUUUCCUGGCAGGUACAAAAUGUAAAGCUGUAAACUGCAUUUUUGUCAGACAUGACGUAUUCUGUAGUGAUGAUUAACCCCUAUACUGUGCGUGUGUGUGCGAGUUCUUUUGUGUAGCAGCUAAGUUUGUCAUGGGACAUCUUUGUUCUAGCCCCCCCCCCCCC